CAGCAAUCAACAACAAAUAUAACUGCAGUCUCCCAAUACGCGUCAAGUUAUAAACAAGUUGCCAGACAAGCAGUUAGUAAAUUGUUUGUGUUUGCAUUUAUGAAUUUCUAGUAAUGAACACGUUGAAAGAGUCUACUGACACGGAACGCAAUCAUAUUGAAACAGAGAAUGAACCACGAAGGAAAAAUGUGAAUCCAUCGAAUACCCCCGAUGGGCAAAGUACAUCUGCAGGAACUGGUCAUUCAUUAGACCCUGCUCAAAGCAAUCAAACUUACAUGCAGCAAGGAACUUUUGAUGUUUCUUCUAAUAAUAAAAAAAGGCAGUUUGAUGAUUAUCAAAAAGAGCAAGCAAUUGCUUUUACUAAACCCUCUUCAAUUCCUACACUAUCUGCCAACAUGGAGACAGACGAAGGCCUUGCCGCAAUGACUUCCUCAAAUAGUCGACCUUUAGACGUUAAUGAUGCUCUUUCGUAUCUCGAAAUGGUAAGGUAUUACUUUUCAGAAAAACGAGAGGUAUACAAUCAAUUUUUGGAAAUAAUGCGCGAUUUUAAGUCCCAAAGUCUGGAUACUUUAGGGGUAAUCAAUCGGGUCGCAAGUCUCUUUAAUGGAUAUCCGCAACUUAUUGAAGGAUUUAACACUUUUCUUCCCUCAGGCUAUAAAAUCGAAGUCCAUACGGAUUCUUCUAACACUAGCUUUGUACGGAUCGGCACUCCCAUGCACCCAUUGCACCCAGGCACAAAUACUUCCUCCACCUUUACACCUUCGACCCAUUUUGUAGAAAUACAACAGCCAGCCAUCCCUGAUAACCAAUACGAAAAACAGUCUCCAUCUUCUAGCGAAAAUGUAUCCGCUCUACCCCCAAAGCCUCAAGUAGAUUUUAACUAUGCUAUCGCUUACAUGAAUAAAGUUAAGGCAAGGUAUCCUCCUAAUUCUGAGACAUACAUGGAAUUUUUAGGUGUUUUACGGACAUAUCAAAAAGCUCAAAAAUCCAUUCAUGAAGUGCGUGCUCGUGUUUCCGAAAUCUUCUCGGAUUCCCCGGAUCUAUUGGAUGAAUUCAAGCUUUUCUUACCAGACACUUCUGAAGCUACUGAAGCUCAACAAAAUGAUGCUGCUACGACUACUAACGGAUUACCUCCUGUUGGAAACUUCACCUUACCUUCUUCCGGGCAGUCCCGUGAAAGAAGGUUACGCCCAGCACAUUCAGCACAGAUAGGACGAUCCAUCUCUAAAACUUCUAAAAACCUUCGUGAACAUGCCGAUGAGCUACCGAGUACUUAUGCAAUCCCUAAUUAUCAACAAAAAACGAGCCCUGUUUCUCAUUAUGCUGCUACUCAAGAGGAAUUAUUGGCUUUCGGCUCUAUUAGACAGCACCUUCCUGAUAAUAUUUCUUUUCAUAACUUUUUGGAAUUACUACAUCUUUAUAGAGAAAAGUUAAUGGACAAAACGGAUUUACUGAAUUCAUUCUCAAGGCUCGUCAAAAAUGAUAACUUAACAUUAUGGUUUGCAAACUUCAUUCGAUGGAAUGAUAGUCCUAUAUUGGUGAAAAAUAUUCCUAUGGAUGACUCCCGUUAUAUCUCUGAAACUUAUGAAUCUGCUGGUUAUUUAUACCGUAAAAUACCUGCAGAAAAACAAAAAGGAACUUGCUCUGGACGUGAUGCCCUAGCAAAUUCGGUUCUUAAUGACGAGUACAUUUUAGUUGCUCCCAAAUUGACAGGUAUAAAAAAUGUCAAGCAUUCUGAAAAUCAAUACUUGCAAGCUCUACAAUUAGUCGAAGAUGAACGUUAUGAAUAUGACCGAAUCCUUUCAGUGAAUCAAAGGGCCAUAAAAUUAUUGGCAGAGUUAUGUGAACCUGUUAACGACGAAGAGCACAUUAGGUCUUUAAACAAAACAUUAGACCGUAAAGCCCUAAUACGAUCCGCUUUUCACACUGUUUAUGGAAAAGAACACUCGACAACAGCUUUUGACGCUCUAGUAAAAAAUUCCAGAAGGGCAGCUCCUGUUUUAUUGAAGCGUUUAAAGUUGAAGGAUCAAGAAUGGCGCCGCUGCAAAAGAGAAUGGAAUAAGAUUUGGCGUCAAAUUGAACUUAAAAAUUCGUCACUUGCAUUGGAUGAACGUUGUUGCAAAAUUGAAGGUAAAGAUCGAAGAGCACUUUCCUAUAAUCGAAUUUUAAAUGAAAUCGAUGAUAUAUAUCAACAUCAAAAACAUGGUAUUGGCCACGUUAAACAAGGGUUCCAAUUUAGCCAAGUACUAAAUGAUCGGCAAAUCUUUUUGAAUAUUUUAAGGUUAAGUGAUGCUCAACUUUCUAACUCAUCCUUUUAUUCUUACGCAGACAAAGGAAGAAUUAGUGCUGUUCUUAAAGCUUUACUAUCACAAUUUUUCGGAAUUCCACUUCCUAGAGAAACUUUGGAAAGCGAUCUUUCCUCUGAAAACAUAGAAUCAGUUCAAAAGCAUCGUGAUGGAUUGAGCAAAAUUUUUGUACAUCCAGAGAGUGCUGAUAACAGCAACACAACUCAUAUGAGCAUUCAGACGGAUGACACCCAGACAGAGGACGAAACUAUGAGCGAUAGUAAUCCUAUUGAUCCUGAUACUCAAACAAAAAUGAAACUGCAAGGAGAAGAAUCAAAAAAUAUAAUCGGCUAUAACUUUUUUGGGAAUGCAACCAUGUAUGUGCUAUUUAGACUAAUUUGCGUUUCUUAUUCUCGACUUGAGCAAAUAAAAAUGUUUAUUGAGACUUCUAGUUCAGUUGAGCCCAUAACUUACGAUACUAUACUGGAAACGUGUGAAAAAUAUUUAAAGGGCAUUCUAUCUAGAAGUGAGUUUCAUAAAUAUCUCCAAAAACUAAACAAUGAUGCUUGUUAUAUGAUUAGUUCUAUAGAACGGUUACUAAAAGUGAUAUUCUACCGAGUGCAUGAAAUUUUGUUGGAUCCUAAACUUGGUCAGCUUUUACUUUUAUUCGAAUCUGACGGAGCACAUUCAGCGACAACUGCUCGAGAACAGAUGAUUUAUCGAAAUCAUGUGGAAACUAUUUUGGCGCCUGAUACCAGAAUAUUUAAUAUGAGAUGGUAUCCCUUGGAAAAAAAGCUGUGCAUUCAACAAUUGCUCUCAGCCGACCUUACAAUUCAUAAAUUUGAGGAUCCGGCUAGAGCAUUUAUGUAUUAUGUCGAUAGCUAUGCCAUUUCCCAUAUUACAGAAGGUGUUGACUUGCUGCAGGUAAAAAUGCCUUUCUUGAAAAGAUCAUUGCAGUUGAUCUCACAGAAGGGCUAUCUCGCUGGCCGAGAGUCUACUAGUUUGCAUUCUCUUUUUAAUGAGCGAUUUUGCAAGUCAAAUCUACAGUUGUUCUUCUCAACAGAUACUUAUAUGAUAUUCUUUGAGUCCAAUACAGAAAACGUUUAUAUCAAUUCGUAUAAUUUGUGGGUUGGGCAAAGCUCGAAACGUCGCAAUCAAAGAAGAAUGGCACGUUGGCAAAAAUGGCUUGAACAACAACUCGCUAAAAACACAACUCAAGAAAUACCAUCUGCUAACAACCAAUCUGCUACUUUGGAUCAGGUUCUCCUUUCUCUAUCAUCAUAAUGUAUAAUAAAAUACUUUUAUCUCAAAAUGGAACAAAGGAAAUGUAUAUAUUAGUUUUUAUAGAUAAGACUUCUAAAAUGAGAUGACUAUUUAGCAUG